AUGAGCCAACAAAGAUCAAAGUCGCCAUACCGAAAAAACAAAAAAUCCAUUAAUAGUCUUGAGAAACAAAAUGAGACUGACCCGUAUGCAGAUAUCCCAACAAUUGGCACUAUUGAAAUAAACAGUGUGGAAAAUCAUGAUAAUACUACUAGUGAAGAAAUAUUUACUACUCUACGUGUUAACCGUAAGAAUAAUGGAGAUAUAAAUUUAAAAUGCAAAGUAGAUACGGGUGCUCAGAGCAAUGUAUUGCCCAUUCAUUUGUUUCGUGUUCUAUAUCCUGAAUUAAUUAAUGCAGAAGGAAUGCCCAGGGACGGUGCUCUGCAAAGAAGUGAUGUUAUUUUAACUGCAUAUGGGGGAUCUGAGAUUACCCAAUUUGGAAAAAUACUGAUACCAUGUCAACAUAGAAGGGGGAAAUUUAACUGUAUUUUUUAAGUAACUGAUGCAGUAGGACCAGCUAUAUUGGGAAUAAAAACGUGUAGAGCCCUUGAACUGGUUUCACUUCAUUGUGCACUGGAAUCAAAAAGUGUGCAAGGAAAAAACGUCUCUCGGGAUGUUGCCCAGGGGUCUAGCGAAGAGGAAGUAAAGCCCAGUAAGAGUGUUAGAUUUGCAGAUCAAGCAAAGAUAAUAAAUCAGCAACAAAAUCGGUCCAGGAGUUAUAUUAAACCUUCUGUGCCAAUAACAAGCUGUCCUCGUAUAAAGGACAAAGAGCAUCUGAUUGAGAUGUACCCAGAAUGUUUUGAUGGGUCAGUUGGAUGUUUUGAAGAUUACACCUACCAUAUUACCCUAGAUCCUAAAGUUAAACCAGUUGUUCAUGCAUCUCGCAGAGUACCAUUAGAACUGGUAGAUAAACUAAAUUUCGAACUUAAUGAGAUGGAAAAGAACGGGGUAAUAGAAAAAGUAACAAAACCUACCGAUUGGGUUGGUUUAAGAGAAAAGCCCAAUGGAAGACUUUGUUUAUGUCUUGACCCUAAAGACUUAAAUGAAGCAAUCAUGAGGGAUCAUUACCCAACACCCACCUUAGAGGAAAUCACCCCAAAGUUAGCUGGAGCUAGGGUAUUCAGCAAAAUAGAUGCUCGUAACGGAUAUUGGAAUGUUAAGCUGGAUGACAAAUCAUCCUAUCUAACAACUUUCAAUACACCGAAUGGUCGUUAUAGAUUCCUUAGGAUGCCAUUUGGUCUUCGAAUGAGCCAAGAUGUUUUUCAAUUGAAGAUCGAUGAAACUUAUCGGAACUGUCGUGGUGCUACUGGGAUCGCAGACAAUAUCACAGUCAAUGGCGGAGAUGAAUCAAAUCACAAUCUUCAUGAUGCAAUGGAACGUACCAGAAUGGCUGGCAUCAAACUCAACCAAGAGAAGUGCAUCAUCAAGACGUCCGAAUGCAGUUUGUUGGGUAUGGUAUACACCUCGAGUGGAGUCAAACCAGAUCCAGAGAAGGUCAUAGCCAUACAGAACAUGGAAACACCCAAAGAUAAGAAAGAACUUCACACGUUCCUUGGUAUGGUCAACUACUUGGCGUCAUUUAUGCCUAACUUGGCAAAUCACACGGCACCUUUGAGGGAGUUACUCCGGGAUAACGUUGAUUACCAAUGGUCCCCGUCCCAUACAAGAGCUUUUGACAUACUCAAGUGUCAAAUAAGCACAGAAACUACACUUUCCUACUACGAGCAAAGCAGUUGUGCUACAAGUAGACGCAUCAAGUAA